UAUGGGGCAAGGAAGUGGUUGGCUAACCGGACGUCGCGCGCAUGCGCGAUCUAAACCUGCCUGGUUGUUGACAGGGAAGCAGACAACGGAGCGGACAGAGAGCUACAGUAGAACAUCAUGCAAGGCUCUUGAGCUCAGCAGAACCAGGCAUCUCCAGCUGUCACCUCUAACCCUAAGCUCCUAACAUGGCUGAUGUUGAAUAUGUCUGCUUUGUGGACCGAGACAAGAUGGGUGAGCUGUGCCAGAACAGCGGCCCCGGCCAGCUCACCUGCACCGACCCCCGAGAACUCAAGCAGCUGGCCCGGCAGGGACACUGGGCAAAGAACCACAGCAUCCGGGCGCAGGUGUACCAGCAGCUCAUCAAGGGCAUCCCCUGCCGCACUGUGACGCCUGACGCAGAGGUGUACCGCGACAUCGUAGACAAGGUUGUGGGGAAACGCAAGGUCAGCUCCCUGCCUCUGCCUGAAAUUGUGGAUGGCAGCCCGGUGCCCGGCUACUGCCUGAACAGAGAGGGGGUCGGGGCGGCACACAAGAUAGUCACCUGCAUCGCCAACCAGUUCCCCGACAUCUCCUACUGCCCAGUGCUGCCUGCCAUCGUGGCACUGCUGCUUCACUUCAGCCAGGAUGAAGCCGAGUGCUUUGAGAAGGUUUGCCGCUUACUUGCCUGCAAUGAGCCAGGCCGCCGCAUGAUUGACCAGACUUUCCUGGCUUACGAGUCGUCCUGCAUGACCUUCGGAGAUCUGGCCAGCAAGUACUGCCCCGGAGCUCACAAGCUCAUCCUCGCCACCUCCAGGUCCCAGGAUGUGCUGGAGGUGUACUCAGACUGGCUGCGCUGGAUAUUCGGAGACCUGCCCUUGCCGUUCGCGGCCCGGGUCCUGGAUGUCUUCCUAGUGGAGGGCUACAAGAUCCUGUACCGGGUGGCCCUGGCCCUGCUCAAGUUCUUCCGCAAGAUGAGGGUCGAGGUGCUGGAAGAGAGCGGGGGGGCAGGGGGGACAGGGGGGGACCUCCAGGAUGAGAUGCAGAUCUUCGUUCAGAGAGUGGGCAAAUUUGUGACCCCCGAGAAGCUCCUGGAAAAGGCCUUUGGUAUCCGCCUGUUCAGCCGCAAGGAGAUCAGGCUGCUGCAGAUGGCCAACGAGAAGUCUUUGAAGCAGAAGGGCAUCACAGUCAAACAGAAGAGACGGAACGUGCAUCUGGUGGUGGACACAGAGAGUUUCAAAUCUGACAUUGUGAGUGUGAAGGAGAUGCGUGAUAUCUGGGCCUGGAUCCCGGAGAGGUUCGCUCUCUGCCAGCCCCAGCUGCUGUUCACCACCUCCGAGCACGGCUGCAGUCUCAACAGGUUCUAUGCACAGUCCGAGGGUUAUGAGCCCACUCUCCUGCUCAUCAGGACCACAGACCAAGAGGUGUGUGGAGCGUACCUGUCGACUGACUGGGCAGAGCGCAGGCGUAAUGGGAACAAGCUCAGCUUCUUCGGGACUGGAGAGUGCUUUGUCUUCAGGUUGAAGCCAGAGGUGGAACGCUACGAAUGGGUCGUGAUCCGUCACCCUGAGCUGUCCCUGGCAGUGCCCCCCCGCAAUGCCGAAUCGCCGCAGCCCCCCAGCGAGGACGCCCCAGGCAGCUCGGACCGCCUCUCCCCCUUCCUGGAUGCCCGCCACUUCAACGCUUCCAAAGCAGCCUCCAUGUUCAUGGCAGGGAGCCAGGAGUCCAUUGUCAUUGCUGACCCUGCCUGCUCUUUUCUUGGUCCAACCAGGAGGGGGCGACGGCAACGCACUGUACAUUGAUGCAGAGUUGAACCACGGGCGUACGGCACGCUGCAACACCUUCGACAACCAGCCGCUCUGCUCAGAGAACUUCCAGAUCGCAGUGCUAGAGCAGUGGGGCUUCCAGGAUGCCAUGAGCUCCUAAGCAGAGCUCUGCAAGGGAUCCGCAGCACCCAGCUAACAAAACCCCUGCUGGGGAUAGACCUGGAGGAAGGGAAAGGGAGCAAUGAGCUGCACGGCAGAUAAGUUAAUUCCUGGCUCCUCCCUUGGCUACACCUGCAUAGAGGAGUCAGUAGCUAUGAUUCAGAACCAGCACAGCAAUAAGCGUCUUGGUUAUAUUUGCUCACUGAUUUUCACAGGUAUGAUUGACAUUGAUAUUUUUGAAUAGAUGCUGCAUAGUCAGUAGAGCUCUGAGGGGCUCUACCACUGAUGAAAAUUGCACAUGAACCAGGGUGCUUUCUGGUGGUGCUAGGAUUUAUAUUAGUUUUGAAUCAAAGUUUUGAUUGGAUUGGUUCAUCUGUCCACCAUGUCUCAUUGGAUUCUUGCAACAAUGCAUACAGUAGGUGGCGCAGCAGGUCUUGUCUUUCAUUUCUGGAGGCCUGGGUUUGAAUUUGGUUGCUUGUCAUUAGUUUGUUGGUCUCCAUCUGGCCCCCAGUGGACAUUAGUGUAAUGCACAUCACAAAACAAACAUCACACAAUUCAGCCAGUCUCUGCUUGAGAGACCCAGGACUGAAUAGCAGGCAGGGAACUCAAGAGCCAUUAGCUCUGUGUAUUUAAACCAUUUUUUCUUCAAAGCAGCAGCCUGAGAACUCAGCCCUGCACUUAUAAAGACACAGGCUACUGUUUAAUUGGCACUUUUUCGAAGUUUCCACUAUUCCAGGUGGAAUGAUGAAGUUAUCUGAACCUUACACAGUGUUUAAACGGCCGACCAGGUUUUUGAUCAGAAGAAUCAGUUGGAGGGUAAAAGUAAUGUUUACAUGUAGAGUCAUAUUUUUAUUUUUUAUGUUAUAUUUUGCAUUGGGGGACAUCUCUGUUUACAGGCCUUGAUUUCAGAUGCACAUUCCUGGUCUUUUAAGCUAGUCACCCCCCCCCCGAAGACACUGUUGAGGCAAACCUAAGAAGCGAAGCAGUAACAAAUUUCCUGGCAGACAAGGCAAGCAAACUGAGGACCUCCUUUACCAAGUGUAGUACCAGGUGUUUAAAAAUGAAAAUGCAUGUUUACUAUAUUCACAACUGAACAGCAGAUUACAGGACAACAUCUGACACUCUGAAAUCAGGUAGAACUACAGAGUCUAAUCAUGUAAAUCAUCCUUAUUAUAGCUAUGUUGAGCGCUUAUCUUUUAAUGUAAGAUUACAUUUUUAAUGUUUAAUAUUAUUAGUAUUUUUUUGUUAUGUUUUUUCUAAGAUUGGAUUUUGAGUUGAAACUCAGGGUUCUGUGUGAUUCUGUGCAUACAACAGCAACAAUUUUUUAGACACUUGUUUAGGUAUGUUAUUGAAAUGACCAGUAAUAAGGCCCCUGCUAACUCUCCCAUGUCUAGGCUUAUUAAUAGUUGUUCAUUAUUAUUAUUAUUAUUAUUAUUAUUAUUUAUUUAUUAGCAGACGCCCUUAUCCAGGGCGACUUACAAUCGUAAGCAAAUACAUUUCAAGUAUCAUAGUACAAGUAAUAAUACAAUUAAGAGCAAGAUAAAUACAUGCAAAUAGGAAGGAACCAAUUAUUUAUUUACACAAACUCCUGCCUCCUGACCAUAUCAAUAAUAUACUUAAUUGAGGGUGGUUCUGCGUGACAGUGAGUUUUUUUUUAAAACAUUUAUUAAAACAGGGGAAACACUUUAAAAUUGACUUUAACUGUAAUAUUUUGAAAGGGGGAUCUGUCUGAAUAAUUGUUGGUGCCACGGUACAGAAUAUAGUGAAAUAUAAUCUCGUGCAAGAUAUGUAGAGAGCAAGCAGCAGCUAUUGCAACCCUUGCUGUGCAAUCUCAUAUAUCCACUCUGCACUCUUCUGGGUAAUCUGAGAGAGAAACAGCUGUCCAGCUAUUACAAUGACUGGAGCUCCUCUCCCCCUCCUUACUUUAUCAAGACGCAGACCUUACAAUAUUGUAGUUGUUUUAUUGUCUGUACAAUAUCAGCUGUUUUAUCUAUCUAUCUGUCUAUCUGUUUAUCUAUCUAUCUAUCUAUCUAUCUAUCUAUCUAUAUAUAUCAUUGUCAUACAUAUCUGUCUACACAGAAAUGAAGAAGCGCUGGUGCAAGUAUCUUUAUAUAUAUAUAUAUUUUUAAUAAUUGAUACAAACAGGGGUCAAAACUAAAAGAUGCCCUUCGCAUCAAGUUUUUGCUGCUGUCAGUUUUUUUUUUUUUUUAAAUAUGAUCUUUCAAAUGGACUGCAAUUUGCAUAUUAGAGUUGCUGUGGGCUUUGCAAUAGUUUCUCCGUAGUAUCGCAUUUUUACCUAUAGUUUGAGAACCACUCAUCUUACUGGGAUAACGUGGCAUGCUAGUUCCUUACACCAUUUAUUUAGGGUAUUCAAACGUACUUUAUGUACACUUUCUUGUAUAUCUUCUGAAACUCCUCCACAGUUUUUGUGUUAAAGUUUGCACGAACAUGAAAAUAUUAUUGCAAUUGAUGUAUGACAUUCUGCCUUUUCACGAUAUUAACACCUUAUUGGCUGAAAAACUCAAGGCUAUAUCUUGACUGAAGACUGACAACUUUGGAUAUAACUUUAUACUGGAUAUGUAGCUCAUGAUGACAUUUUUUUCCCCACAAUACUGAAAAUUGCUGAGCUGUUGAUUGAAGGCUAUAUCUUGGUAACCCCAUUUGUACUGCUGGAGUUAUACUUUGUGUGUGUAGAUGCAUUCUGAUUCUCUAGCAUUGGGUACUAUUAUCGGAAUCAUUAUACAUUUUUAAAACUUUACUCCAAAGUGUAAAGUACAUGAUUUUGUUAAUUUGGAGUAAAAAGCUUUGAACAAUUUGUGGACAAUUCAAAACCUGAAUAUACCCCCUUUUUGUUUUUGUUUUAAAUAUAUAAAUGUAUAGAUAUUUACAGUAUAUAAUGUAACCGUCAACUGACGUAUCCUUGUAUUGUAUUUUCAGUGUUUUAUGUUGUGACAUGUCUACAGCUUGAUGUGUUUAAAUCUUGAUCUUUGUGUAGUGAACUUGGCAUUGAGUUUCAUCAUGCAGAAUUGUGAAAAUCUAGAAUUCACUGUUAUAAAGUAUUUGAAUGUAAACUGUUAUACAAUGACUACAGUAGAAUAAAGUAAUAGAUUGCUUUUGCCUCCAA